CGUGCGCCACCUGUCGCGUACCUAGGAAACUGACUCAAUUUUAGAUUUGAUACAAGAAGUUCAUAGAUUUUUAAAACAUUUUAAAACUAUUAUAAACAUUUAGACAACUAAAGUAAACUCGGCAGUUAACCUGUAGACCAAGUAAGAAUAAUGACUGCUAGACCCGUUCAACCAUCUUCAUCCGAACAGCCAAACAUCCAUUUUCGUGAGGUAACAUUUGAUAUUCUGUCAGACUUCCUAUCCAAUAUCCACACACAAAACAUACUAAACGUGAGAACCCUAUCAGAUAACUGCGGAGAUUUCAAGACUCCUGGAGUGGUGGAAUAUGUCUUUAUUCUCUGCAAGGAGUUCAAACUGGACCCUUUGGUUGGAUAUAGCGCUGUGGAAAUACUGGAGAAGUUCAUGAUCAAGUAUAUUGAGGACCAGUUCACGUGUCCGUCUGCGUCGGGUGCGUGCGGUGGUGGAGACGGUAAGAUGGAGGAGCUUGUCUUCCAGAGCAUCAGGCCACAGUUCCCACUCUUCAUCCUGUCCUGUGUACAGCUGGCCAGCAAGCUCUCAUUGCACUAUAAGAUUGUGGACAACAACAUGGCGAUGCGGUUCGUGCAGUCCACCGGCUACACGGUCACCAAGGAGAAGCUGCUGCAGUCGGAGCUGACGGUGCUCAAGUUGCUCAACUUCAGCCUGAGUCCCACCAACCCGCUGACCUACGUGGAGACACUGCUGGGGGUCCUGCACCACAAUGAGCCGUGGGUGGCGCUGGAGCGGAUGCAUGAGCUGUGCCUAGCAGUGCUGCAGUUCACCAGCCUGAAGAGGACCUCCAUAUACCAGGCCCUCAUACGCAUAGUCAGCAAGGGAACAGGCCUCUCACAACAGCACAAAGAGAGGUUUGCUGCAAUUGCAGAGGACUGCAUGCUGCUGAGUGUGGGAGUGAUUGCUGUGGCAGCCUACAUUGUUGACAUCAAUACCUGGGAACAGGUGGCCCAGGAGCUAAGCCUAAUCACGGGUGUGUCCAUGCAGAGCGUGAUGGAGUUUGCCUAUGUCAUACUGAUGCACGUCACCAAUAACACUGAUGUGCUCCAGUGAAGUCCGGCUUCAUUACAACUGCAAGACUUGUAUGUUCCAUGUUCUAGAAUCGGAAUAUGAAACUCAAGUGGAAUGUUCUAAAAUAGAACUGCAGUAUGGAACACAAGGUGUAGAAUGUUCUGUAGCAUUGUCUCAUACAGUAGUUCUAGAGGGGGACUUGGGACAUGGUGUUCUGCCCCACGUUGAACAGAGAGGACACUUCCUCUCUGCACUUACAGUAAGUUGCUGGCAGGAUGUUCUUGUUUGGUGAGCAGCUCCGUGUGUUUUUUUUCCUUUUCCUGCCAGAGUAAUUAGCUAGUAGGAACAAGUCAAUUUGUAAUUCAUCAUUUGCAAUUCAAUGUUGUGCAAUUUGCUGUAGAAAAAUUUGUCACAGAAAAACUGUUGAGGUCGGAUGAUAUUUUGUUUAAUCUAAUAAGAUGAUGAGCACCAAAAUAAAGAGACCCAUUCAUCAUUUCA